CCCACCCUGGCUGUGAAUGACAGAAUUGGACAGCAUUGAGCAAGCGCAAAACGGGAUUUACAACAUGGCGGAACGUAAGAAAAGUAGGAAGCGCAAAGAUGAAACAUCGAAUGUAGAUAAUGAAGUGAUCCACGACAAGCCAUCCAAAGAAGAAUAUGCAGUAGCCAAAUGGAUCCAUAACAAUGUACCAUCAAAGAAAACAAAAUUUGACAGAAUUCACAAUGUUGAAUAUUUCACUGGCUCUCGUGCAGUGGCUGCUUUAUUGGAGAAUUCACCAUGGAGUAAAACCAGAUUUGAAACACGUGAGCAGGUUACAGAAUUCUUGGACCUAAUGUUACGACAUAAAUUCUUCCAUAGAGCAAAAAAAGUAGUAAUUCCUGAGGAAGAACUAUGUAAAAUACGUGGUAUAAAGAAAAAAGUUAAAGAAACUAAAAAAGAUAAAAAAAAUAAAGAAGAAUCUAAGGAAAUUAGAGAUGGUGGCAAAGAUAGUGACGAUAAAUGCGAAGAGAAAAAGAAAAAACCAAAAGUACGUUUAGAAAUGCAUAUGGAACAAUAUUUUGUUGACUGCAACGACGCUUAUGUUUGGAUAUAUGAACCCAUUCCCAUAUACUACUGGUUUUUUGGAACACUAGUAGUUUUAGGUGCAAUUGGUGUUUGUCUUUUCCCAUUGUGGCCUUUAACAAUUCGCCAUGGUGUAUAUUACAUAAGCGUUGCAGCUGCUGGGUUCCUUAUAUUCAUUUUGGCAUUAGCAAUUAUUAGAUUAAUUGUAUUUUGUCUUCUGUGGGUUCCAACACUUGGCAGAUGUCAUCUCUGGCUUUUCCCUAAUUUAACAGCGGACGUUGGAUUCUUCGCUUCAUUCUGGCCACUUUAUCAGUAUGAAUACUACGGUAGUACAUCUGAAAACGAUAAAAAAGUUAGAAAGAAGAAAAAGAAAGAAAAAGAUUCUGAUACUGAAGAAACACAAGUAGAUGAGAAACCUAGUAGCAGAGAAUUAGAUAAAGAUCAUACUGAAGAUGCUUCAUCUAGUGAAGAAAAGCUUUCCUCACCUGAAUUAAUGGAAGGUGAAGAAGGUAGUGAAGGUUCGGAAAGUGAGAAAUCUAACACUGGUAAAGAUUUUGUAAUGGUUUAGAAAACCAACUCUUGGCAAUAAAUAAAUUUUGUUCAUGUUUACUAAAUGUCAUUAAUCGAAAAUUGACUUUUUGUCAAUGCUGAUUAAUGACAUCACUGAAUCAUGUAUAAGUAUUUAUGUGAAACUGAAGUACAUAACGAUUCAUUUUAAAAAAAGAUAUCGAAAUCUUGAUAUUGAUAACAGCAAAGAAACAUGCCACAUAUAAAUUUAGUAAACUUAAUCCAUUUAUUGCUUACAUCAAUAUCUGCAUUUCUUGCAUUUAGAACAGUAUAGCUAGUUGAACAAAUUACAUCUAUAUAUUUUACAUAAGGGAACUUUUAUAAAUUGUGGUAUAAAGAAUACCAGUUUUGAGAUUCCAAUUAAACGUGUGUGUUUAGUUAAAUUAUAAUUAAUUAACAUUUAUUUGGAUGUGUGUACCGUUCAGAAAAGAAAUAUUUAUUUCUUAUAUCCUAUUCUAACUUAGGUGCCUGAAGUUUUCCCAUAUAAAUUGGAAAUCCUUAUUAACAUUUUAUAUCGAAACGUACAACAUUGUACCAGCAAUUACGUGGAUUAUUAAAUUUUAGUAACGCGAUUUUAUCAGGUUUCGAAAAGAAUUGUACCCGAAUAGAAUCUCCAGAAAUAAAAUGAAAAUUAUUUCGAUGGCCGA